ACAUUGUCCAGAGACUGGCAGAGGCAGAGGCCGAGGCAAGUUAAUAAUUCACAUUUCAGUUUUUUUUUGAAUCUUUUUAUGCUUUGUUUUUCAUCAUUAUACCUUCCUCUCUACGUGAAGGAAAGAAAUAAAACCGUGUCUGCUACCUUUGCUUUCUUAAAACCUUUCUUCUUUCUUUUUCUUUUUUCAUGAUAGUAUAUAAUUCCUUUUUUUCCCAUUCGAAGGUUUCCUUCGUAUCAGAUCCCAACACCAGUAGGGAAAAACCCUUUAUAUUUUUCAACCAAUCUCACUGAUCCAAUCAAUACCCAUUUCCCAAAAUGCAGCUUUUGAAAUGGGUGUUAAACCUUCUUCUUGUUUGUUCAAUGCUUCAAGUGUUUCCAUUGCCAUUAGCUCAAACAAUCUGUUCAGAGGCUGAUAGGGCUGCACUUCUCGGUUUCAAAGCCAAAAUCUUGAAAGACAGUACGGGUAGUCUUUCAUCAUGGGUUGGAAAGGAUUGUUGUGGAGGGGAUUGGGAAGGUGUUGGAUGUAAUCCAACAGGGAGAGUCAAUACAUUAGCACUUCAAAGACCAGAAAGGGAUAGUACCCUUUACAUGAAGGGUACUUUGUCUUCUUCCUUAGGAAGCUUACAGUUCUUAGAAGUGUUGGUCAUCAGUGGUAUGAAGUUUAUUACAGGUCCAAUCCCUGAGAGUUUGUCCAAUCUGAGUCGGCUCAAGCAAUUGGUGUUGGAAGACAAUAGUCUUCAAGGGAACAUACCUUCAGGUUUAGGUCGUUUAUCUUUUCUUCAAACACUUUCACUGGCUGGUAACCAUUUCAAUGGGGUAGUUCCUCUAAGUUUAGGGAAUUUGAGAAACCUUGUGAUGUUGAAUUUAGGGAGGAACUCUUUGACAGGUUCAAUCCCUUCUAGUUUCAAAAACCUUGUCCAUUUGCAGUCUUUUGAUCUCAGUUUCAACUUGUUGUCUGGUUUUGUCCCUGAAUUUUUAGGACAGUUUCAUAACAUUACUUUCAUUGACCUGUCCAAUAAUCAAUUAUCAGGGCACCUACCUGUUUCAUUGUUCAAUUUGGUCACUCUGUCAGACCUGUCAUUGAGUCAUAACCAGCUCACAGGGAGUAUCCCUGACCAGGUUGGAAACCUUAAAGCUCUCACUAGCCUUUCAUUGAGUCAUAACAAGUUAAUAGGUCCUAUUCCAGCAUCUAUUUCAAGGUUACAAAAACUUUGGUCCCUUAAUUUAUCUAGAAAUGGGUUCUCAAAUCCUUUACCAGCUAUUUCUAGUAAGGGUGUUCCUUCACUUUUGUCAAUAGACCUGUCCUUCAACAACCUUAGUUUAGGGACAGUUCCUAACUGGAUCAGGGACAGACAACUUUCAGAUGUGAAUCUAGCUAGUUGUAAACUGAGAGGAGCCUUCCCAAAGUUCAGACCAGAUUCAUUGAGCUCUAUUGACCUGUCAAGUAACUUACUUACGGGGACCAUUUCCACUCACUUCACAAAUAUGACAGGUCUGCAAAAGCUCAAGCUUUCAAAUAACCAACUGAAGUUUGAUCUUUCUGAACUCAAAGUGCCAGAUGGGAUUUCCUCCAUUGAUCUACAUUCGAAUCAAGUAUUCGGGUCUCUCUCGAGCAUUUUGAACAACAGAACAAGCAGCUUCUUGGAGGUUAUAGAUGUGUCGAACAAUCUCAUUUCAGGCACAAUACCAGAAUUCACUGAAGGCUUGAGUUUGAAGGUACUGAAUAUAGGAAGCAACAAGAUUGCAGGCCAAAUCCCCAGUUCAAUCUCAAAUCUCAUUGAACUUGAAAGACUAGAUAUUUCAAGGAACCAGAUAACUGGCACCAUUCCAGCAAGUUUAGGACAAGUGGUGAAACUUCAAUGGCUUGACCUGUCUAUCAACAGGCUCACUGGGAAAAUCCCAACCAGCUUAUUGGGCAUCCAUUCUUUGAGACAUGCAAACUUCAGAGCAAACAGACUAUGUGGGGAGAUUCCACAGAGGAGACCUUAUAACAUCUUCCCUGCCUCUACCUAUGCUUAUAAUCUCUGUUUAUGUGGCAAACCAUUGCAACCUUGCCAGGGAAAGAAACAAGAGAUGGUCCAGUGAGUGCCUGACUAAUUUGCCAAAAAGUAGAUACAUUCAUGGCCUAAUUAGCAUCUUCACAUGCUAGAAAGAGAUAGGCCAUGUUUUAAAGUGGUAGUUCUUUUCUUCUUUUUUUCUUUUUUUUUUUUUCUCCAUUAGUAAUUUACUAGCUCAAUUUCAUUAAAUAUUACCAUUAUGGAACAUACACUGUUUCAAUA